CCAUCAUUUCGGCAUCAUCGCAGAGCCACAUAAUUUUGAUUCGGAUGCAACCUAGCCGCUGUUUAGGGGCGGUGGUUACUCGGAUAAGCUACGUGACGAGCACCGGAUCCUUUGGUCAUUCGUUCGUACUCGCUAUUCGCGGCCUGCAGUACUCGCAGAGCGCAGCGCAGGGCUGAUGCUCCACACAGCCAAGCCGGAAACCUAGAUCGCCCACGAGCCUGUUUCGACAACCGACCGCGCAGCAGCUGGACCACAUGCUUGGAUGUAGGCAGCCUGGUUCUGGACGUCCUGGAUCCGAGACAGCUUGGCGCUCAAGGCGCUGCCCUGCAAGCCGGAGAGGGCGCAGAGAUUGGCAGAACGAUGAGGGGGGCGGACAUGACUGCGAGGCUUCAGUCGCUAGCUCGUUGCCGACCAGGCCGAAAUAUUUGCAGCUUUUGUCGAAACGGCGCACAGACAGCCUCAUACGCUUGCCGCUACAGCUCGAAAAUCAUUUGCUCGAACCUCGGUCAAAUCGCCCUUCGAUCCCCCUGAAUAUGCCAAGCGGCCCACGACGUUGGCAUAUUGACCAUCGCAGCAUUCACCGCAGGGUCCACAGGCGAGCGAGAGUAGUGGGGCGCACUGCUCGAGAAGAGGCUCGACGGAGGUCUCCGAGCGGACGGCAGCGGUCAACAGAGCGGCAGACAAAGCUGUUCCCGUGUCACGGCAAGGAUGCAUUCAGCCGCGAUGGAUAGCCACUAUGAAGCAAGGAGCUAUGCAAAGAAGAAACGAGGGCAUCUUUGCCAGUGCAGAAGGCAGGCAUGAAUGAACGCGGCGCUCAAGUGUGCACAGUACUUGCUGCGCCCCCUCCCUAAAGGCG